AGAGAACAAGUCUUACCAUGGAGAUAGAAGACAUGAUAAGGUCCCCUCAAGUGAUGAUGAUAUCGAGAGCAUUGAGAAUAUUCAACAAGCAUAUGAUCAAUUAGUUGAAGAAUUCCUCAAGCAGAAGAAUAGGCAAUGCGCUGAGCACAAGGCUCGAAAGAAUGAAGAUGAAAAACAAGAACUCCAUCUGAACUUAGUAAAGUGCAAAGUUCAUAAUUGUGGGCUUGAAGAGGAUAUUAAGUCCAUGAAGGACAAAUUGAGCUUCCUAGAUAGUGAAUGUUAUGGGAUUGUCGAGUGUAAGAAGAGUCUAAUAAAACAUGAUAAAGACCUUCACGAAUCACAAGAGCUCUAUAAAAGACUAUCCUAA